AUGUUCAAAAAGAUCCAUUCUAUAUUUCACCCCAACUCCCAGCGAAGAAAUGUGACAGAUGACAUCCCUUACAGUGAUGGCGCUGGUUCUGCAGUGAGACUGAUCCGCAGCACUUCUAUGUAUGUCCUUGGAGGUGAGCAGGAGAAAGUUAGUGAACCACUAAAAAAGUGCAGAAGUACAACCAGCAUCGACUCUUGCUUUCAGCCAAAAGAGGAAGACAGAGACUGGAUGUACUCUAAGACUCAGGACUGCUUGAAGUACCUACAGGAUCUUCUAGCCUUGAGGAAAAAAUAUCUUGAAAAUAUCAAUAACUUGAAAUCCAUGCAUAUGGCUGCAGAUUCUCCAGCAUCCACAAGAUCAUCUAAAACUGGAAAAAAGUCAUUUCUUCCACUUCCUUCCAAAGAGUCUUCUAAGUCAUCCAUGGAAAGAAAAGGCCCGCAGUCCAGUUCAGAUGUAAGAGAAGCAAUAGCUUUCUUCGACUCAGUCAUUGCAGACCUGGAUUCAGAGAGGUGGAGGAGAGUUCCUGACGUGGGCCUGCCAAAUGUGGAUGUCGAUUUUGAUGUUGCUACCAGUACGAGUGAACACAGUUUGCAUUCAAACUGGAUCCUGCGUGCUCCCCGGAGAUACUCACAAGAUACUGCCCAAGCAGCUAAGCAAUCUCAAAGAAACAGCCAGCGGAGAACCACUGGCUCUAGGAAAAGGUUGGAAAGGCAUCCCAUGUACCUGCCCAAAGCUGUGGAAGGGGCAUACAGCACUUUAAAAUUUAAGCCUAAAACACGCAAGAAAGAAUGUUGA